UGUGGCACUGCAUUCGAUUUCCACUCUACACAAGAACAUCUGUUUUUGGUCGCUACAGAGGAGGGAAUGGUGCACAAAUGCUCUAAAGCGUACAGUUCUGAGUAUCUUAGCAGCUAUGAGGCUCAUCACAUGGCGGUAUAUAAAGUGGCUUGGAAUCCCUUCCAUCCUAACAUCUUCAUCACGUGUUCAGCUGACUGGACAGUUAAGAUUUGGGAUCACAAUAAGACGUAUGUUUAAUUCUGUAUUAAACUUUUAUGGGCUAUAUUUUUUUGACCUCUGGGCCUAG